AUGAAAAGAUCAUAUUUGUCUGGCUCUGAGAAGCGAAAGCGUAGAAAGGAAAAGGAAACUGCUGCUCUUAAAAAUUCCCACACAUUGUUUAGUGUUGGUUUUCAUAAAGUUGGAACCAGCAGCACCCCGCACAGUAGCAGUAGCACAGCUCACAAUCUUAAUACUGAUGAUGAUGAUGCAAGCAGCUGCAGUGAUGAUCUUGCCAACGUUGGUGAUGACUUGAAGUUAAGCGACAAGAAUAGCAAUAGUGAUAUUGACUCUGUGAUGGAUUUAUGUGGACAUGGUACUUCAUCCAGUCCGCUCAACAACGCUUUGACACAGGCAUCCGUGGCACAACAUGAGGAGCCCGACACUUGUUACACUCCGAAUGGGUGUGACAUUGGUAAACUGCUAAAAACCACACUGACUGAUUCUGAAGUUAAGCAGACCAUUCUCUCUGGUCCGAUUCAUUAUCCAAAGUCUUUUCCUAGAGAUAGUAAGAACGUAAAAUUUCCCGUAUCAAUUUUGACUUCUAAACUGCAGAAUGGCAACUACGUGGAACGUGAUUGGUUGGUUUGGAGUGAGGAAAAGACAGCUUUAUUUUGUUUUCCCUGUCGAAUUUUUUCUUGCAGUGAAGUUAGUCACUUGUCAAGUGUUACAGGAUGGUCUACCGAAAUUGGAUGGAAAAAGCUGUAUGAUAGAAUUCCAAUGCAUGAAAAAAGCAUUACUCACAGGGAGAAUUACAUUCGGUGGAGAGAAGCAGAGUUGCACCUACACGAUGAUGGUAUAGAUGUUCGAUUAAGUGACGACAUUAGAUCUGAGAAAUUAAGGUGGAGAGAGAUUCUGAAGAGGAUUAUUGAUGUUAUUCUCUUUUUGGGUGAACGGGGAUUGGCAUUUCGAGGGUCGACACAGAAAAUAGGUCAUAGAGAUAAUGGUAACUUCCUAGGUAUUAUGGAGCUUCUCAGUCAUUAUGAUCCCUUGUUGCGAGAGCAUGUAAUUAAAGUGGCUGAAUCACAGAAAGAAGGAAAGCGGUUACCUGUGCAUUACCUAUCCAGUGAUUCUCAGAAUGAGUUUAUAUCUGCCUGUGCAUAUCAUGUGAGACAGACAAUUUUAGAAGAACUAAUGAAUGCCAAGUAUUAUUCGGUUAUUGUUGAUGCUACUCCAGAUUGCUCUCAUAGUAACGGAGGUAGUUUACCGACACCUAACGUUUGGAAGGAUCUCACUGGACUCACGAUUCCUUGGUACUGGAUGUGA